UCUCGAAAGUAAGAUUCGAGGAGCAAAACGCAAAAAAACGCAGGGGAGGAAGAAGUCGGCGGAGCGGAGGAGUUCGGCGACGACUUCGGCAUGGCGGAUCGGUUCUUCCCCAACGAGAUGCCGGAUUUUGUGGAGGAGGAGAAGGAGAGCUCCCGAGCCCAACCCUCCACUCUCCUCGCUCUCCUCUCUCUCCCUUAUCCCAAGCUCGCCGAUAAGCUCCUAAAAGCCGCUCUCGAUCUCAAAGAACAGGUUGUGAAGGAGACAUGGGUCAAACCUCGGCAACGAGUGAACGAUUACACGCUCUACACCGGCGCGCUCGGAACGGCGUUCUUGCUGUUCAGGUCUUACCAAGUCACCGGAGUCGAAACCGAUCUCAAGCUCGCAGGCCAAAUUGUUAAGGCUUGCGACGCCGCCUCGAAGGGCUUGCCGUUUGUGACUUUCAUUUGCGGACGCGCUGGCGUGUGCGCUCUCGGUGCGGUCGUGGCAAGGCAUUUGCGUGACGAGGCUAUGCUUAAUCACUAUUUGAGCUCAUUUAAUGAGAUCAAGAUGCCCGAUAAAGUUCCUAAUGAGUUGCUAUAUGGAAGAGCUGGAUAUUUAUGGGCUUGUUCGUUCAUAAACAAGCACCUUGGAAAGAACACGAUUUCUUCAACCAAGACGAGUGCUAUAGUAAGGGAGAUUAUUAAUGAGGGGAAGAAAUUGGCCAACGGAGGACGCUGCCCUCUGAUGUACGAGUGGCACGGAAAGAAGUACUGGGGAGCUGCUCACGGGCUCGCAGGGAUCAUGCAUGUUUUGAUGGACAUGGAGCUGAAACCGGACGACAAGGAAUGCGUGAAGGGCACUCUUCGCUACAUGAUUCAGAACCGGUUUCCCAGUGGGAACUACCCCUCGAGCGAGGGCAGUAAAGAGGACCGCCUCGUGCACUGGUGUCAUGGUGCUCCCGGUGUUGCGCUGACCCUCACUAAAGCUUUUCAGGUCUUCGAGGACGAGCAGUUCUUCCGGGCAGCAGUCGAGGCUGCGGAGGUGGUGUGGAACCGCGGGCUGCUGAAGAGAGUAGGAAUAUGCCAUGGCAUAAGUGGGAACUCCUACGCAUUCCUCUCGCUCUACAAGCUAACGGGCAACGAGGAGUACAAGUACCGGGCUAAAGCUUUUGCUAGCUUUUUGCUGGACAGAGCCAACCAGCUGAUUGCGGAGGGGGCGAUGCACGGCGGCGAUCGCCCUUUCUCGCUGUUCGAAGGGAAGGCGGGUAUGGCUUAUCUCUUCCUGGACAUGGUUAAACCCUCUGAGUCGAGGUUCCCCGCUUACGAACUCUGAGAUUUUCACGCCUUGUUCCCGAGAGAUCUUGCAAUGAAGCAAAUCUGAUGCAAGAGAAAGAUCUAAAUGUAGCUUAAGAGAGAUGAGAUGUUCUUGAACUGUUUUGUGUUGGUUACUUUGUAUAAUCAUACUCUAUGCGAACUUUUUCAGUUUGUGAAACCCUUGUUUUCCGUUUGUCGGAAAAUCGUUGUUGAGAACAAAUAUGAGGCGCCUCUUGUGCCUUCUUUUUGUUUAAUUUGUGUCUAUUUUCAGACAUAGAUUGAACUCAAACUGGUAGGGUUUUUUUCUUGUUC